GCCCCCUUUAUCCUCACCCUUACAUUCCUCACCCUCCCUCUCGCCCCCCUCCUCCCCCUGCCCUUGCGCCGCCGUGGAUCGUGCGUGAUUCUGGCGUUUUGGGAGCUGCAUGCUAAAUGCGCUUCGGCGCCAACGCGCUGAUUUGCCGUUCAAGCUUGCGAUCGGCGCGGAGUGUCCGAGUUGACCGCCCAAGCCCUUCCAUCAACAAGGAGUUGGCGGACCCCCCUGCCGACCCGCCCUGACGUGCAUUCGUGGGGUCCUUCCAGUCCAGCCCCCCCAGACGAACCCAAGCUAUCCCCCCCCCUUCCGCCCGCCCCGAAGCGGGGGCCCGAGCGCGGCGUGAACCCGGCCCCCCCCCCCCGAAGGCGCCGUCGCGGCGGUGAGCUCCACGAAGGUGCGGGCCGCCCUCGGCCGGGGGGACCGCGCUUUCCUGCGGCAGGCGCUGCCCGCGGGGGCGCUGGAGCUCCUGCUGGCGCCGACGGCGGAGGAGCACGCCCGGUUCCAGGAGGACUUCCGGACGCUCGGGGUGGAGCCCAACAGCUGCGCAGGAAGGUGUACAUCUCUCUGAGCAGCCUCAUGGCGCGGUGCGACCGAGAAGGGGAGGCCGUGCUGCACACGAUCCCUCCAGACGCCCUCUUCUUGUUUGGCAGCAAGCGCAGCUGGGUGUUCCCGGAGAGCGCCGCCGAGCAGGAGGAGUCCAGGUCGGAGAAUCCGAGGUACACAAUGGCAAAGUACGAAGGGCUCAGAAGCCUCAUCGGGCCUCGGCAGGAGGCAAGGGGCGAGGUGUUCUUCCUGAAGCCUCCUGGGUUCAAGUACAGCGGCGACUUGUUCCACGGUGACCCGGAAGCGUACCAGCGCACCUCCGCCUGGUUGCAGGGGCACCUGGACCCCGCCACCGACAGGCACUACUCGCCGCUGCUCCUGGAGAUCCCGCCUGGUGGCAGAACGAGUUCCAGCCCGGCACGGCGGCGUACACAAGCUCCGUCGAAACAAUCACGAAAAACUUCCCGAACGGGGCGCACGACUACAGGCCGCUGAUGGAGCUGCUGCACCAGUCCAAUCCCACGCUGGACAUCGUUGUGCCGUAGGCGUGGAGAAAAGGGCUACGGCAUCAUUCUGGUUUCCAUUAUCUCUUUCCAUCUCGUUCUCCACCACCGUCCCUCCGACUUACUCAAGAAGC